UAACGAUUACUUGCUCUGUGAUAAUAACAGAUGAGGUGAUGUGGGUGCAUUCAAUAUUGGAAUUCAAUACUUAAUUAAUUUCUUUAUUUCAUAUUAUACUACAUAUCUCGUAAUUUCAUUAGUAAUAAUGGAUAUUACGCCAUUAUUUAAAGCUUGUAUAAAAACAGUGAAAACUCGUAAUAAGGCUUUUGGUAUCCAAAGUCCUGGAAUCGAAGAUAAACAGCGUAUACUGAGAAGUAAACCGAAAACUGGUUUUACUACAACUGCUAAAGAUAUUACUUCCCAAAUAACUAGAUUACGUGACUUUCUGUUAGAACAUAGAGAAAGGUAUCUAAGUUUCUUCAACAAUGUCACUGGAAAUGAAAUGUCUGAGACGGAGAGAGAUCAGAUCGAUACAGGGGCGCAGAGAAUCAUUAAUACGUGUUCCCAUUUAUUGAAAGAAUUUAGGAAUGACAACCGCAAGUUAUCUGUCUCACAACAGACUAGGGAAUACAUGGAUGCUGUUAUUAGUUUAAUAGAUAUGUACUUAAAGGCUGUUUGUAAAAUCCACAGUGAAUUAAAAGCCUUAAGGGUGAAACGAGCACUUGAUAUCAGAAAGUUGUCACGCCUGGAACUACCACAGACUAAAUCAAAUAUUCCAAAUCCAUUUUUAAUUGAUAAAGUUGAAGAGAAAGAUCCUGAAACAGUGGAGACAGAGGAGACAGAUACUGUAAAAAGAAAAUUAGAUUUGUCUGAGAAUGAAAUAGCUGUCAUGUCAGAUGAAGAGGAGCUAAGCGCUGAAGAGUUACAGAUGUUCGAGUCAGAAAAUGUACAGUUGUUGAAUGAAUUGAAUAGUAUGACGGAGGAAGUUAGGCAAAUUGAAAGUAAGGUACUCCAUAUAGCAGAAUUGCAGGAGAUAUUUACUGAAAAGGUUUUACAACAAGAGCAAGAUAUUGACAGAAUAUCGACAACAGUUGUAGGAGCUACAGAGAAUGUGAAAGAUGCAAAUGAACAAAUCAAACAAGCUAUCCAGAGGAAUGCUGGUUUAAGAGUCUACAUAUUGUUCUUUUUACUAGUUAUGUCAUUCACCCUAUUAUUCUUAGAUUGGUAUAAUGAUUAAAUAAAUCAUAAAAUAUGUUUUUAAGUAUACAGA